GAACUACAUGUCCCAGAAUGCAAAUCAGAGUAUGAUGUCAUUCACAGGCGUCCACUGCUGCAGCGCUGUAUAUUUGCAACAGCACAGAAAGACUGCCUUUCUAAAGCUGUCUCAAUGGUGAUGAAGUCGUCGGUAGAGGAGGAGGAGGGAGGUUGGGGUCUUGGGAUCCCAGAGAAGAUGAGAAACAAUGCCGACUGGGUGGACGUCACCAAAGAAUUCAAAGGAGCCUGUAAAGAGCUCAAACUUGGCGAGUUGCUCCAUGACAAACUAUUCGGUCUGUUUGAGGCGAUGUCAGCCAUCGAGAUGAUGGAUCCGAAGAUGGAUGCUGGGAUGAUCGGAAACCAAGUCAACCGUAAAGUCCUCAACUUUGAACAAGCUGUUAAGGAUGAGGCCAUACGAGUGAAAGAUCUGAGUAUUCCUGAGCUCAUCGGGAUCAUGGACACAUGUUUUUGCUGUCUGAUCACAUGGCUGGAGGGGCAUUCUCUGGCUCAGACUGUGUUUACGUGUCUAUAUGUUCAUAACCCGGAUCUUAUUCAAGACCCUGCUCUUAAAGCCUUCGCUCUGGGCAUCCUCAAGAUAUGCGACAUCGCCCGCGAGAAAGUCAACAAAGCCGCUGUGUUUGAGGAGGAAGAUUUUCAGGCCAUGACUUACGGCUUUAAAAUGGCAAAUAACGUAACAGAUCUGAGAGUGACAGGAAUGCUAAAAGAUGUUGAGGAUGAACUUCAGAGGAAAGUGAAGAGUACACGCAGUCGACAGGGUGAACAAAGAGAUCCUGAGGUGGAACUUGAUCAUCAGCAAUGCUUGGCUCUGUUUAGCCGUGUUAAAUUCACUCGUCUGCUGCUCAGCGCGCUCAUCUCCUUCACUAAAAAAGAGACGAGUGCUGUCAGCGAAGCACAGAAGCUGAUGACUCAGGCUGCUGAUUUACUGCCCGCGAUACACUCCUCUAUACAGUAUGGGAUACAGUCACAGAAUGACACAACCAAAGGAGAUCACCCAAUCAUGAUGGGUUUUGAGCCACUGGUUAACCAGCGCCUGCUCCCGCCCACUUUCCCACGCUACGCCAAGAUCAUUAAGAGAGAAGAGAUGGUCAACUACUUCAGCAAACUCAUUGAGCGCAUUAAAAAUGUCUGUGAGGUCAUCAACAUAACCAACCUGCACAGCAUCUUGGAUUUCUUCUGUGAGUUCAGUGAGCAGUCUCCAUGUGUGAUGUCUAGAUCUCUGCUACAGACCACAUUUCUGAUUGACAAUAAGAAGGUGUUUGGGACUCAUCUGAUGCAAGAUAUGAUUAAAGAUGCAUUGCGAUAUUUUGUCAGCCCACCUGUCCUCUCCACAAAAUGCAGUUUGAACAAUAACCACCAGGCUAAAGAUUACAUUGACUCUUUUGUCACUCACUGCACACGGCCAUUCUGCAGCCUCAUCCAGAUUCACGGACACAACAGAGCACGCCAGCGAGACAAACUGGGUCACAUACUGGAGGAGUUUGCCACCCUUCAGGACGAGUCGGAGUUCCUGUAUGCGUGGCUCAUGUCCACGUUGAGUCGAGCGGACAGCUCUCAGAUGGCAGAGGAGAGGAUCCUGGAGGAGCAGCUGAAAGUACGAAGCAGCAAGAAGAGCAAGAAGAAGAAGAAAGCUCGUCCUCUGAGUAAAGAGAUCACCAUGAGCCAAGCUUACCAGAACAUGUGUGCUGGCAUGUACAAGACCAUGAUAGCGUUGGAUAUGGACAGAAAGGUGCGCAAACCUCAGUUUGAACUGGACAGCGAGCAGGUUCGCUACGAGCAUCGAUUCGCCCCUUUCAACAGUGUCGUCACACCGCCACCAGUGCACUACAUCCAGUUUAAGGAAAUGUCAGAUUUGAAGAAGUACAAUCCUCCUCCUCGCUCAGCGGAUCUCUAUAUGGCAGCCAGUAAACAUUUCCAGCAGGCCAAACUUAUACUUGAAAGCGUCACCAGCCCUGAUGCAGAGGUUAACCGCAUUCUUAAAGUGGCCAAACCCAAUAUUGUUGUAAUGAAACUGCUGGCUGGAGGACACAAAAAGGAAACUAAGGUCCUUCCUGAAUUUGACUUUUCGGCACACAAAUACUUCCCCGUUGUCAAGAUCAUUUGAGAUCAGCCAUGUUUCCAGGAACUCUUGUUUACAUGAACUGUCAUCAGUCGCAGAAUACGUUAAUAUUCAUAACUGUAAUUGUACAGUUAAUAAACAUGACAUGGACUCACAGUGGUUUAGUUUGAGCAGUUCACAAACCAUGUUUUUUUUUUUUCUUUGGUUGAUAAUAUUGUAUUAAAAUUGAGAAAAAAAAAUGUUUUUAGUGGUUUAAGAAUUGACCCUCACUUGAAAAGGUGUGUACAAAGUACAAAACAUUAAAAGUGUCAGAUUGCCUAUAUCUGGCUCAAAUCUCCACUCCAGGAAUAUUGGAUCCAGUCUCAGUCUGUUUACCAGAUCCUAUCAGAAGACAUUUGUUUUGUUUGAUGCUCAAAAACAGUUGGCAAGAAGUGUUUUCUAAAAGCCAAAAUCAGUUAACAAACCUGUAUUUUGUCUGGUACCCAAAAGGAAGCCGGAGAUGAAGUAAUGAUGAUAAAUGAUUAGGGUUUACUGAGCAAGCUUAGUUGCAUAUAUUUCAAAGCUCAGACUUCAUCCCUACUUCAUCUGGACUGCAUCUAACCAGCACAAAUCCUACAUUGAUGUAUGACCGCUGUCUUGAAGCUAAACACACGUUGAUCCUUCAAGAGACAUGGGUUUCUGAGUGUAUCUCAACUGGAUGUUUUUGUUGCUGUAAAAAUACAUUUAUGUAUGUGAGAGAUGGCAGAUCUUUAUGAAACUAUUUCACAAACGUAUGGUCUAA